AUGACAGAAACUUCAGCAUUUAUAGAUUUGAGCACACCAUUAAAAAUUUUCAAUGAUUUGAAUGAGAAAUUCGCAUCAAAUUUAUAUAUCGUCGACACUUUGAAAAGAUGGAUAGUCAUUAACGAGAUUUCCGCGAAAUUUCUGUUCGAUUCCAUAUACGAAAAGUAUCGAGAAUCGAAAUAUCAUUCGUUUCUUGGAUUUUUAUAUUUUAAUGGAAUCGGUUGUGAUCUUGACAAACAGAAAGCUUUCCAUUAUACAAAAUCUGCCGCAGAUAACGGUGAUGUAGUCGCACAAACAAGACUUGGCGUUUAUUACUUUAACGGAAUCGGCGUUGUAUCGGAUUUCCAAGAGAGUUUUCGCUGGGUUCUUAAAGCGAGUGAAAAGAAUUUUCUUCCCGCCCAACAUUUAUUAGCUUGUUGCUAUAAAUCCGGUGUUGGGUGUAAUGAAGUAAAUAUGCCAAAAGCUAUCGAAUUAUUGAAAAAAACCGCACAAGCAGGCUACUCAAAUGCCCAAUUCGACUUGGCUGAGCACUACAAAAAAGGGACGGGAAUCGCAACGAAUUCGACACUUGCAUAUUUUUGGUACUCGAAAGCCGCAAAGAAUGGACAUGUUAAAGCCGCAUUUUGUUGUGGAAUGUGUUGCAAGCGUUCUAUUGGAACUGAAAGAGACAUCGGUAAAGCCAUCAAUUGGUUUACAAUAGCUUCAAAACUCGGUGACGCGCGUUCAAUGAAUUGUCUUGCAAAAAUUUUUCUUCAUAAUGAUAAACGGUUGGCGAUUCAUUGGUUUAGAAAAUCGGCGGAAUUGGGGCAUCUCAAUAGUCAAUGGCAAUUAUCGAAAUGUUAUCAAUACGGAAUUGGGAUUCAACGAGAUAUUCAUCAAUCGUUGUUUUGGUCCCAUGCUGCAGAGAAGAAUCAUGUUACUUAUCAUGGACUUUUGACAAUUUCAAACUCUUUUGUAGGAUAG